AUGGAGUUGUAUGUUAACAAUCGCACCACUUUCAGGUUCGCAGGCGCGAUCACGCCCGCCGUCUGGGAGGUUCUAAAGUCCUACAUCCAUCACAUCCUGCUCGAGGUCGGCGUCACCACGGACGAGAUCGAAUACACCCAGGACGACUGCGUCCCUCGCCUCACUGGUGAUGAGCAGCUCAUCAUUGUCGCGUAG